AGGAGCAGGAGCAGCAGGAGCAGGAGCAGCAGGAGCAGGAGCAGCAGGAGCAGCAGGAGCAGCAGCAGGAGCAGGAGCAGGAGCAGGAGCAGGAGCAGGAGCAGCAGCAGCAGCAGCAGCAGCAGCAGCAGCAGCAGCAGCAGCAGCAGCAGCAGCAGCAGCAGCAGCAGCAGCGAUGAAGGUGGCGGUGGCGGGGUGCUGCCAUGGCGCUCUGGACAAGAUGUACGAGACGCUGGAGCUGCUGCAGCGGCGGCACAACGUGUGGCCCGACCUACUGCUUUGCUGCGGCGACUUCCAGGCCGUGCGGAACGAGGCGGACCUGCGCUGCAUGGCCGUGCCCGCCAAGUACCGACACAUGCAGACCUUCUACCGGUAUUACUCCGGAGAGAAGAAGGCCCCGGUCCUCACGGUGUUCAUCGGCGGGAACCACGAGGCGUCCAACCACCUGCAGGAGCUGCCCUACGGCGGGUGGGUGGCCCCCAACAUCUACUAUCUCGGUUACGCCGGCGUGGUGCGGUUCCGCGGCGUGAGGAUCGGCGGCAUCUCGGGCAUCUUCAAGUCUCACGACUACCGUAAAGGCCACUUUGAGUGCCCACCAUACAACCAGCAAACAAUCCGAAGCGCUUACCAUGUGCGGAAUAUCGAAGUCUUCAAACUCAAGCAGCUGAAGCAUCCCAUUGAUAUAUUUAUGUCACAUGACUGGCCAAGGAGCAUAUAUCACUAUGGAAACAAGAAACAGCUGCUUAAAAUGAAGUCUUUCUUCCGUCAAGAGGUGGAAAGCAACACAUUAGGAAGCCCUGCAGCUUCAGAGCUUCUGCAGCACCUGAAACCCACCUACUGGUUCUCAGCACAUCUUCAUGUUAAAUUUGCAGCUUUCAUGCAACACCAGACAAACUCCAAAGAAGAGCUACCAAAAGCAACCAAGUUUUUGGCUCUGGAUAAAUGCCUGCCACACAGAGACUUUUUGCAGAUCAUAGAUGUAGAACAUGAUCCCAGUGCAGGUGGCUCACUGGAGUAUGACGCUGAGUGGAUUGCAGUCCUCAAGGCCACCAACAGCCUCAUUAAUGUCACUCAGAGCUCCUGGAAUAUGCCUGAGAACAAUGGCCUCCAUGCAAAGUGGGAUUACAGCGUGACAGAAGAAGCCAUCAAAGAGGUGUUGGAAGAGCUGAAUCAUAACCUCACCAUUCCUUGUAACUUCACAUUGACAGCUGCUUGUUAUGAUCCCAGCAAGCCCCAAAAACAGGUGAAACCAGUUCAUACCAUCAAUCCACAGACCACUGAGUUUUGUGCGCAGUUUGGCCUCACUGACAUCAAUGACAGGAUCCAGCAAGCUAAAGAGGAGAGCUCGGGACGAGGUGAAUAUGAGGAGGAGGAAGAGGAAAUGGACAGUACUGGGUCAGCAGAGGAACCCAGUGACUAUAACACAGAUAACUCUGGACUUUCAUCCAUUAAUCCAGAUGAAAUAAUGCUGGAUGACGAAGGUGGGGACGAAGAUUUGAGUACAUGUUCCGUAGAUCCUUCCCCUGAUCAUCCCCCUGACUUUUCUGCAAGUUUUUCUGACAUCCGGAUCAUGCCGGAUUCCAUGGCGGUAUCGUCUGACGAUGCUACGGACUCCAAUAAUGAGGAAGUGGAAAAAUCUGGCCUGAGCAAGCAGGCAGAAGAGAAGAGUUUAAAUGAGAGACCAUUAAAGCGCAUUGGGGGUGAUGAAAAUGGCAACAGUGGUGUUAAAAAAAUUAAGAGAAGGAAUCAAGCGAUCUAUGCUGCAGAGGAUGACGAUAAAACAGAAUAAUACUUUCUAUCAUGCAUUAAUAAGUUCUCUCCCUACCUUUCUGUGAGGUGAGAACUCUGGCGAACUGCUUGUGCUUUUAAUGCUGUUUGAUCUUAUUCAUGUUACUUAAGCUGAAGAGGCUGAAUGUACCUCAUGCAGAGAAGAAUAUUUAUCUGGAGUCAGAAUAUUUAUUCUGAGUCAGAAGAAGACUUUUCCAACAAAGUACUUUGUUAAAGGAUUUAAAGCUUGUGUAUAAUCAGUUAAUUUUGCUUCAGUUCUUGGUUAUUAAUGUAUAGUGCAGAUCUUCAGCUGUACUGCUCAACAGAAUUCAACAGGCUUGUUUGACAAGAACUGUUAAACCAUAAGUCAAAGUGAGAGGAUGUCUGGCUUAUAAGACUGAAUUGUUUUAUUUUAUUGCUUUUUGUCUUGUUUUAUACUGAACUUUUAAUACAAAGUGUAGCAUAUCUAGGAACUCUGUGAGCUUGGAAAUAGAAUUCCCAUGAUAGCAAAACAGCAAUAGAAGAGUGAAAAUUUUUGUUUCUGGUGAUAUUUACGCCAUAGAAAAACUUCAUGGUUGUAAAACUUCAUGUAUUGGCUUUUAAUUACAGUUUAGAUAGGGAAUGAAGUCUCUAAGUUUUAGGGGCCCAUGGAGAAGCACGUCUGUUUUUAACAACUCACUUGUCUGCUGUUUCUUAAAACUUGAGAACCAUGUCUUAAAGUUAAAAUUCAGGUAGGCAGGAUGAAUACCUUCCUAAAAGUGGGCAUCGUCACUGUCUCAAUUCUUACUAGUUAAGGCUGUGUUGUAUUUUCAUAUAAGGGGAUUGAACUUGGUAAGUUGCUUGAGGUAAAAUGCCUGCUGUUAUCUUUAGCUUAAGUUUUCUCCUGCCACUUUUUUUCAUUUGUGUGUAACUUACAGAUUUCUUAAAACUGGAUUUGGGAUCUUCCAAAGUACCUUCAUAAAACUCAGCUGAGAGAGAGCAUUAACUUCCAGAAUAUAGAUCUUCUUGGAAGCUGGAAGUUUUCUUUUUACUAUCAUAGUUUGCCCUGAAUUAUUAGCAAACAAAUUGUGUUUCAUUGACCUAAAUGGUUGUGAGGGUAACAAACAUAAUAAAUUCAUGAAAAUGACAGUGCAAGAACAUUUUCUAGAACAUGUGCCAUUAGACUUGUUGGUCUUGCAGUCAAGUUCUGCUGACAUUCUGUGCUGAGCUUUCAGAGUCCAUCCAGACUGGGACUUCCUCAAGACUGUGCUGCCCUAGAGAGCAGAGGUAGCUCCUGUGAGAUUUUAUUCUUCAAGACACAGGCAAUGUGGUGGAGAAAGCAUCCUGACAGGAUGCUGGACAGCAAACUGGACAGAGUGAAACAGCUGAGUGUGAGCCACAUAAUGGAGAAACACUUUAUAGUCAAGACUGCAGUCUUUAAAAUCACAUCCACAUUCUGGGAUUCUUCUUGGUUCCUCUCCCGGCAGCAGUUCACUUAGAAAACUAAAUGCAGAUACUUAUUCAAGUUUUACAAAAUUAAUGUUCCCCACAGUUCUGAUUAGCAGCUUCAGUAGUGGGGUUGCUGCCAUUAAUAUUAUUUUGUUUGUUUUUUUCCCAAAGGAUGCUAUCUUGCUUACUAAAUGAUGAGUUGGGUCCUUAGUACUGCUCCUGUAUCUCUCCAUGCCUCCUGAUCAGUCCAAACACCCACCACAGAGAACUGUGGUAAGAUGUGAGGAAAAAUGAAGUCAUUUGGUGUAACCCUCAGGUUAUCUGAAGUAGCUUCCAACUAUCAGAUUACUGAAAGUAGUUGAGAAUCUUUAAGGGUUUUGGGUAUGCAGUGCUCAAAUCUUAAUCUUGCCUCUUGAUCUGAAGACUGUAAUGGAAAUAAAGUAUUUUUUGGUUUAUGAACUUCAUCUCCCAAGAAAUCUGAGCCAUGGUAUUUAGCUGCCAGGUGAUCUGUAAACUGGAGCAGAAGAGGUAGGUUACAUGUAAUAGACUUUUUAGUCUGAUUUCAUAUGGUUUUAAAGCAAACAGUUCUGUUGUGUGUUUUCACACGUCUCCCCCUUUCUGAUAAACGUGUUUUGGUAUUCUAGUAAGCAGGAUACUGCGGCAAGAUGGAAUACUAACUUUUGAGUCUUUAAACUUUUUCAGCACUACAGAACUGAGUGCAGUUAUUAAAAUACAACUUACUCAAUAUUCUUUUGAGUAGAGCACCAUGCCUGAUCUCUAUAGAGUUGCUGUGCCCUUUAUUGCAGUUGUUCACCCCCAUUUGCAGUUUGAAGUGUCCUCUACUGUGCUCCCAUCCCAUUAGGGAUUUUCUCUUUGAGAUUGGUCCUCUGCUGCUUGUAGAAUCCAAUUGAAGCUCUAAACUAGAAGCUUCUUCAGUGAAGACUAAAUACU